AUGGAUAUUGGAAGGAGGAUUACUCGGAAAUACAAUUUUAGAUGUCCCAAUCCCAUGGAAUUAAGGAAGCUAGCAUCUUUCGUGGAUGAUCCUAAGGGUUUCAGAGACUGUUUUGGAAGACUUUUAUCUGUGCUAUCUAUUAAUGUUGAGGAUGGUCUUCUCUGUACUUUGUUGCUGCCUACCAUAGAGGAGUAUGCUCAUCUUUUUGGUAUACCAGUUUCUGAUAGAGUUCCUCUUUGUGAGGUGGAAGGAAUUCUUGAAUCUCGGGUUAUUGUCGAAACCAUUCAUCUGAGGAAGUCUGACAUAGAUGCCAAUCUCACUGUCAAAGGAGGUAUUAUAGGGUUGAAUUUGAAGUUUCUAUUGGAAAAAGCCUUUUCUUUUGCUAAUGCUAAUAGCAUGGUGGCAUUCGAGACUAUUCUUGCCUUACUCAUCUAUGGUUUGAUAUUGUUUCCUAACAUUUAUAACUUCAUUGAUGUUAAUGCUAUGAGGAUGUUCUUGAUUAGGAAUCCAGUUCCAACCCUGCUCGGUGACACUUAUUUCUCCAUUUAUCAUAGGACUUCUAAAGGAGGUGGAACUAUCAUCUGUUGUGCGCCUUUACUGUACAAGUGGUUUAUUUCGCACUUGCCACAGUCUCCUAUCUUCACAGAAAACAAGGGUCGUUUAAGGUGGUCUCAAAGACUUAUGUCUCUCACUAAUGACGACAUUACUUGGUACUCUUCUGUUUACAAAGACGUCGAGAUUAUUGAUAGUUUUGGGGAGUUCUCUAAUGUGCCUCUUCUUGGUACACAAGGAGGAUUAACUACAAUCCGAAUUUGGCAAGACGUUAACUCGGGUUCUCUAUGA